AUGAGGCUCCUUCUUAUUAGACACGGAGAGACUGUCGACAAUGUCGCUGGAAUCUACGGCGUAAGGGUGUCUCAUCUCUUUUCCUCCGACCUCCAACGAGCAUAUAUCACAGCAGAAGCUGUCCGCGAAGCUCAACCUCAGUCCCCGGCCGAAACCACAAAGCUCCAGCUUCUGCGGGAGCAAGACUUCGGCUUCUUCGAAGGGAAGAAAUUCUUUGAGCGGCCGAGGGAGGGUAACAAAACUAGAAAGGACGCACAUUUAGAGGCUCGCCGCGACGAGCCUGGCUUUGUUGAGGUGGAGAGCAAAGAGUCCAUGCGCACUCGAGUCGAGACUUUCAUCGAUGAUCAUUUGAUUCAAUUGAUGCAUGAAGUCGAGGAAGACACGUCUGUGGCUGUCGUUGCCCAUGGGAUCAUUCUGAGUCACCUCUGGAGGGCGAUUUUGAAGCGAUUCCAUCCAUUCGUUACGGUUGGGCCUGAUGUUCAGUCAAAGGCACCGGGCUUUAGUUUGGAAUACCUUGGUGGCUGGUCAAACACCGGGUAUUUGGAUUUGGAAGUGAAGAGAAGAGCUGGGUCUUCUCGCAAAACUUCCAAACCUUGUGUGAAUGCUGGGACAUCUGCAGAGAUUGCCUCCCCUGCACAAAUUUCGGCUCCCCCAGAUCCCAUUCUGCCCAACGGCUCGGAACCUGAGGGCUCCGAGCCCCGAGGCACUUCCGCUAGCUCACCAUUACUGCCACACAAGCCCGCGACCAUCGCUUCUCUCGCUCCGUUCCCGCCUCGAAUCAUCAAGGAGCUGCAGCUUGUGGUCAAAGCUGUGAAUAGUCAAGAACAUUUGAAGCACCUGAAGAAGACGCGAGGUGGGAUCGGAAGUCUGAAACAUGAUUCGAAUCAGAAGAAGGUGGACUCAUUUUUCAAGAAACGUAAACUUGAGCCCAAAUCUGAAAAUGAUGGCAGGGCAUAG